AUGGAAACGCAGCGGGUCAACAGCCCGGAACCGAGAGGUCCCGCCGCAGAGACGGAUUCUGUCCCUGAGGUCCUGACCUCGUCUCAACUGCACGCCCUCUUUGACAUUCUCACCCACCAUGAGACGUAUGCAGAGGUGGAAAGCUUUAAGGACCCCGCUACUAUAUCAGAAUACGGGUAUCCCUUUGCUCGACGUGACAGGAAAUCAGCUGGUGCAUCGUAUGCUGCCAACUCAUCCACACCACUCCUGGCCGGCGUGCUCAGGAGCAUUGUGCUGCCUUGCCCAGGAGUCCGAGAUCUACCAGCCGAGUUCUGGCAUGUACGAUUUCAGGGGAUUCUAGAGAAGCUGGCUGAGGUGGGGCUUUCGGAGAGUUAUGACAAAGGAGUCUUGGGCACCAGGAAGACUUUGGCCACGGCUGCGUCGGCCAUUCAUGAGAUGGUGACACGAGGCAUCAUUGGGAGAAUCGCGAAGGGCGAGACAAGAAAUCUCCACAAUGAGUAUGACCGGUCCAACUCGAAAGAGCUGGCCAGGGCUUGGGACGAUGUCGUGCAUGAGCUUUUGUAUGGAAGUCUGCUUGACGAACUCUUCUCCUGCGCGGCAGACCGCCAGAGUCUCGAGGAGCACUCUCCCGCGGUUCAGGCCGCUGCCGACUGCAUAAUAAUCCAUCUGGCAACAUUGUUGCACCGCGUCUUCGUCCUCUCCGCAGAAGGGCCCUAUCUUCUGAAGCUACUAGAAAAUGUGCAUAAACUUCUCCCAUACUCGAUGAUCAAGCAGACUCUCCGCAUUGGAAAUGCAGCUACCAUGCUCAGCGGCAUGAUGCGCCUGCUGCUAGCGAAAAUGGGGGUUGGCGCCCUGUCAAACUGGUUUGGGCUAACGCACAACGCCGACGAUGGUAUGAACCUCCUUCAAAGGAUCAUAUGGCUCGUACUAUCGUGGGACAGCCUCGAAUUCCGCAAAUCUGCCGAGGGCAUCGAAAAGGCAAAAGGUCGCCCUGGCCCCUCCAAAGAGCAGCUUGCUCUAAUCAAAGACUACGUCGACAAGCCUAAAAACAAACAUGUAGACACUCGCCAUGAUAGUAUUCAAGAGCACAAGUCCAUGAUUGUGACAAUCCUGGAACGCUCAAAUCCAGACGUUUUAGGCACGGUCUCGGACUCACAGCAUGCGCAAUGUCUCGAGUAUCUCUCGGCUUUACUUUCAGCACGAGACCGCGAUGAAAUCACCAACACACUCUGCCGCCAGAAUCCUGAUUUAUUCACUCAAGCUGUCAAAGACGCUGUAGCCAGCUUUGAGUCCAUGAUUCGGGCGAUCCAUCAGCAUGUGGACCUCCGCGAACACGUGUCAGCGGCCGAGGGUUUUCUGAGCGAAGUCAUCAGCAUUAGCAAGCCUAAGAAGGGAUCAUCGGGGCUUCUAGACGCAACAGGAAACGGCGCUACACGCGGUGAUUCAGAAGAAGGACAAGCUCCCUCUGUGGAGGACUAUGUCGUCCUGCUCAGGAGGAACCGCCAGCUACUCUAUAACUGGCUCCAUCAGGUCGCAAGCCAAUGCCCAGACCUCAGGGACGAUUUCCUGGCCUGGGCCAAGGAGACUAGCAGAGUCUUCAGACAGGAUGAACCGGCAUCCCCUGAGUUUCAGCUCCGCCCAGGACUCAGCGUCUCAGAAGAAGCAAGACCGGCCGAUAACACUACAACUUGCAGCGGAGGUGCCGGCGCAAUGAGCAGUAGUCUUCAACAACUUUUUGCGUCCCAACCGGCAGAGACAAGAUCACUCCUCCUGCCGGCCCUCGACGCGCACGCGGCCUACCUCUCAGCUCUCCAGGACCUAUCCCUGGCCCGGAUGCAGCGCAUCCUAGACAAUAUGAACCACCAUCUCAGCUCACAUUCGGCACCUCCCACCCCGACGCGGCAACCUAGCCCCUCGUAUUUCUCGCCGGGCUACUGGUCCGGCAGGUCCAGCCCGGCGCCGCCACCUGUCCAUCCGCCACGGUCCAAAACCCCUACGGCAUGCUCCUUCUCCGGACCGGGCAUGUACCUCUCACGCUGGCAGCACCUUUUGGAUGAGACGCUCAUCGGGCCUGCUACGCGCGAGCCCGGCGCGCCUCUGCGUAGGGGGAGGGAUGUCAAGAGUGUUUUGGCCAGGGGUAAGACGACCAGUAGCAGCAAGGAUAGAGACGGCAGCGGUAGUAACGGAUGGGAUCCGGCUGCGCUGGCGAGGAUGGCUGAGGCGGAGGAACCGCGGGCGCCGGAUGUAGGGGUUGUGGUUCAGGCGCUCGGGGAAGGGUUCAAGACGCUUGUCGGGGGGUUGAUUGAUGGCGCCGGGAAGGAAAGGUGA